AUGCUUUUCCCAGGAGUGGCAUUAGUGACGGGAGCUGGUUCAGGUAUCGGACGUCAGACAGCUCUCUUACUUGCACAAGAGGGGUGCUCGAGAAUAGCAAUUGCCGACAUCAACGAGGUCGGCGUCGCUGAGACGAGAGAUGCGAUUGAGAACUUGACUCGAAAUGUAGACAUUCUCGUCAUUCAUCUCGAUGUUGCCUCAGAGGAUUCGAUCAAGUCCAUGAUUGAUACUACGGUCGGAAAAUUCAGUCGAAUCGACUAUGCCUGCAAUGUCGCAGGACUUUGCAUCUCUGGCGAGACAGUAGCAACUUCCAGCGAGUCCUGGGACAAGCUUUUCCAGGUGAAUGCUCGCGGUACAUGGCUCUGCCAAAAGUAUGAGAUUCUCCAUAUGCAGAAGCAAGAUCCCCUGGAGUCGCCAGACAGCAAACACAAGAGUCGCGGUUCCAUUCUAAAUGUGUCGUCCAUGGCUGGACGACAGGGACAAGCCAAUCUUGUCGCCUAUGGGGCGGCCAAGCAUGCGGUAGUUGGCUUCACGAAGGCCGACGGAAUGCGCUACGGUUCAGUUGGCAUCCGUAUCAAUGCCGUCUGUCCAGGAGCCAUCAAGACUCCCAUGUUGACCAUUUUUGCGAAUGAGAGAGUCGGCGGUCAUCUAGACAAUUUGGCGUUGCAGAGACUCGGGGACCCGGAAGAGAUUGCGGAAUGUGUCGUCUGGCUGUCUUCACGUCGCGCAAGCUAUGUCACUGCAACAACACUUUCGCCACACGGAGGUAAGAAACCCCCAUUUCCCUAUGCAUUCUAUGGUAUUGAUAGAGCUCUUAUCAGGACGCCUGUUGGUCAGUACACGGUACGCACAGAAACGAUGGAAGAAUGGUUAUAA